AUGCUUUAUUCGGAGCAGCUUGGAUUGCCAAUUACCGAUAAUAGGCGCUGGCGGCUUUACUGUGACACUUACGGUGCAGAAAGAUGGGAUUACAUUCCAGAAGAAGAUAUUGAACGUAUUCCUCAAACGAAUUUUGUAAAAUGGUUGCUCAGGACUGGUGAUUUUCCUUAUCCUAAUCCCAAGGUUAAUAGCUCAGAUCCUGGAUUCCGUGCCUCGGAUGCAACUUAUAAUGGUGCGAAGUUCUUCUCUAUGAUACAAGACGAAGAAUCUGGAAUAUUUCCAUGUCAAUACCAAGGUCCUAUGUUUAUGACGAUUGGUUAUGUUACUUUCUGUUACAUUACUGGUAUUGAGAUUCCAGAGCAUAAUAAGGUGGAGAUGAUCAGAUAUAUAGUGAAUCUUAGUCAUCCUGUUGAUGGAGGAUGGGGUUUGCAUACAGAAGGAGCUUCUACAAUGUUUGGUACGGUUGUCAAUUACGUGAUCCUGAGGCUUUUAGGAUUACCAAAGGAUCACAUUGUAUGUAAGAAAGCUCGAAGAGUCUUAAUACACCAUAGAGGAGCGAUCAGUUCUCCCCAUUGGGCUAAAAUCUGGUUGUCGCUUUUAAACCUUUACGACUGGUCUGGCGUGAAUCCUGCUCCGCCUGAUCAAUGGCUAUUGCCAUAUUUUCUGACUACCCAUCCGGCUAGAUGGUGGGUCCAUACACGGUCAAUUUACUUACCUGUCAGUUAUUUAGCGGGUAUUAGGUAUUCGUGUAAGUUGACGCCAAUACUAGAAGAGAUUAGAUCGGAGAUUUACGUUGAGCCGUAUGAUCAAAUCGAUUUCACCAAACAUAGGAAUACAACUUGUGGUGUGGAUUUACAUUAUCCACACUCUAUGGCUCUUGACAUACUUAACUGCUGCAUUGUUUUUUACGAGAAGUACUUACGUCCAACAUGGCUAUUGAAAAGAGGUAAUAAACGUGUGUACGAACUAAUAGAGAAAGACGUUCAGAAUUCAGAUAACCUUACUGUUGGACCUGUUAGCUUUGCUUUCUCCGCAAUUGUAGCUUUUAUUGAAAAGGGUCGUGAUUCACCGGAGGUUGAGCGCUUCGCAGACAAAUUCAAAGAGAUCCUGUUUCAUGGUCCUCUAGGUUUAACAGUGAUGGGUACGAAUGGUGCUCAGGUGUGGGACUGCUCAUUGUUUAUUCAGUACAUGUUCAUGGUUGACCUUGCAGAAUUACCGGAGUUCAGAGAUUCUAUUGUUAAAGCUUAUAAAUUUCUUUGUCGUUCUCAAUUUACUGAGGAGUGUGUCGAAGGUAGCUUCCGGGACAAACGUGUUGGCGGUUGGCCAUUCUCUACGAAGACUCAAGGUUUUACCGUUUCCGACUGUACCGCCGAAGCAUUGAAAGCUGUUAUCAUGGUCAAAAAGUCCCCUGCUUUUGCAGAUGUCCAUGACGAAAUAUCUACCAAGAACCUAGAAAAUGCCAUUGACGUUCUACUCAGCUUACAAAAUUUAGGCUCGUUUGAAUAUGGUUCAUUUGCAUCAUAUGAGAAAAUUAGGGCCACGCUGUUGAUGGAGAAACUUAACCCAGCUGAAAUAUUUUGCAACAUAAUGGUUGAAUAUCCGUACGUUGAAUGCACCGAUUCAUCAGUACUAGGUCUACAGUACUUCCUUGAUAACUACGAUUAUCGUAAGGAAGAGAUUUCCCACUCCAUCAAGAUUGCUGUUGAUUAUAUUAAACGCUCUCAGCAGAAGGAUGGAUCCUGGUAUGGAUCCUGGGGUAUUUGCUACACAUAUGCAGGUAUGUUUGCUCUAGAGGCGUUGUAUACAGUGCAUGAAAACUACGAAAACUCUGAAGUAGUUCGGAAAGGUUGUGACUUUUUAGUCAAGCGACAAAUGCCCGAUGGUGGUUGGGGCGAAUCAAUGAGAUCUUGUGAACUCCAUACCUAUGUUAAUAGUAACAAGAAAUCUCAAAUUAUCCAAACUGCCUGGACUGUGAUUGGCUUAUUACUAGCAGAUUAUCCUGACAAAGCUGUAAUUGAUCGUGGAAUUCAAAUAUUGAAAUCUAGACAAACUGUACAUGGUGAGUGGAAGUAUGAAAGUAUAGAGGGUGUUUUCAACCAUUCAUGUGCAAUUGAAUAUCCAAGUUACAGAUUCUUGUUCCCCAUGAAAGCCCUUGGGCUUUAUGCCAAAAAAUACGGAGAAAACGCCAUUUAG